AACACACGCCUCACUUUAAAGCUGGAUAUUUAAAUAAUUUGUUUCAUAUCAGCAAGUUUCUGGCAAAUGGAUUAUUACACUCCUCUGGUCUUUUCAGAUGUUACAGUAACAGUGUUGGAAAAUAAUGCGGUCUAGUAGCAGCCACGCGAGCAAGACUCAGGUGCUCCUCUGAUGUUCUCCAUGAUGUGAUGCAGUGACUUAUCAAGCAUCAGCCUUCAAGUUACCCUCUGUGAUGCUCUUGACACUUUCAGUGAACCAGUCAGAGGCGAUCUGAGACUCAUCUGUUAUCAUCACCUACCCUGAAGCCAUUCAUCAUGAUCGACCUGAGUUAUCUGACCGAGGAAGAGCAAGAGAUGAUCCUGGCAGUGCUGAAGAGAGAUGCAGAGCUUAAGAAGUUGGAAGAACAGAGGGUCAAGCAGCUUCGUAAGACUGAGCGAGACAGAAGCAGGCUGAAGUACUUGACUGGGGAGUGGUUUUAUGAGACAAAGAAUCACAGACACAGAGACAGGAUCCAUGGCUCCGACAUCAUAAGAGUGUCCAUGAGACAGAAGAAACCUGUGACGAUAUUGGAACUUUCUCAAAGAUGGUCUGAGAAACCCAGUUGUGUUUAUGGUGAGAAGAAAGAUGUGUACAUCCCUCCAGAGCUUUUAGGCCUUAUUGAGGAUCCAUCCACAGAAUCACACAAUGAGAGGGUGGAUGAUGAGUUGCCGGAAGCCCAGCGGGAAAGGCAGAGACCUCAGAUCAAGCCAAGGCAGAAUCCAUUCAAUAAUGUGCGAUCGCAGAGAGAUGAUGCCAGACUUAUCAAUCGAGUGAAAGAGGCUGAUCAGACACCUGCUGAGGGGGACAGUGAGGAUGACAGCCCUGUCAACGCUGCCCUUGAACGAGCCAAUGCCAGACCCAUCUCUAUUUCCAAGAGUUUAGAGGACCUGGCUUCCACACCUUUACUAUCUGCAGUCACUUCCAACACCAAAACAUCCUUCUCUGACCCAGAACAGGUGAAGAUGAUGAGUAUGUCAGUGCCUGCAUUCAUGCAAGAGAUGGAUUUCAGAAACAGUGACUGUGCAUCAGUGAGCAGUUUCCACUAUGACAGACUGAGAACAUGCAACACUCCUUCUAAUUUUAGCACUUGCUCUGAAGUGGCCUCCAUGUCCUCUGUCACUGGCAGUGUAAUGAGCAUCUACAGUAGUGAGUUUGGUAAUGUGGAGGUCAAAGGCACAAUCCAGUUCGCCAUUCACUACGUGCAAAAACUGGGAGAGUUCCACGUCUUUGUUGUGCAAUGCAAGGACCUCGCCGUGGCGGAUGUUAAGAGGAACCGAUCUGAUCCGUAUGUUAAAUGUUACUUGUUACCUGACAAAGCAAAAUAUGGAAAGAAAAAAACAUGCGUGAGGAAGAAGACUCUGGAUCCAACUUUCAAUGAAAUACUACGGUUUAAGAUUCCAGUGGAGACGUUGAAAACCCAGAAGCUGAACACCUCUGUGUGGCACAAUGACACAUUUGGGCGUAACAUGUUUCUUGGAGAGGUUGAGCUCGAUUUGGCCGAAUGGGAUUUCAGUAACACUCAGAUGAAUGAAUAUUUACUUAAAGGAAGGGUCCAGGUUCCCACCAGCCCAAAACAUUCUGUCGGCAGCGCAGAAAUGAGUGCAGAGAUUAAAGUCGCUCUGCGUUUUGUCCCACAGACUUCUCACAGUCACAAGAACAAGGGGAAUGGUGAGGUGCAAAUAUGGGUGAAAGAAUGCAAGAAUCUGCCUGUUACCAGAGGUGUUGCCAUUGACCCCUUUGUCAAAUGCGCAGUCCUCCCAGAUACCAGCCGGAAAAGCCGUCAGAAGACCAGAGUGUUGAAGAGGGCAUCUAACCCAGUGUUUAACCACACCAUGGUGUACGAUGGUUUCAGGCAAGAGGACCUCAAAGAGGCCUGCGUGGAGCUUACUGUGUGGGAUCACGACAGACUCAACAACCACUUCAUUGGAGGUAUUAGGCUGGGUCCAGGAACAGGUAAAAGUUAUGGCAGUGAAGUGAACUGGAUGGACUCUAAUGUUGCUGAAGCAGCCCUGUGGGAGAGAAUGAUGCAAUCUCCGAAUGAAUGGGUGGAAGAUAUUUUACCUUUGAGAAUGAUGGUCAUGGCAAGAAUGUCUAGAUAGUAAGAAACUGAGGCAUAUGGUGACACUUUUGAACAAAUACAUGAAAAAUGAUUGUGAACAUGAAGAAUGCAGUAUGUAGGAAGACAAUAUGUAAUGUUAAAUAUAUAGGAGUUAACUUGACGGUUUCUUGACAUUUUUGUUGAGGAAGACAAAGAUAAUGAAAAAUAUAAUAUGCGUGUUAUUGUAAAGUAUGCGGAUUUAAUGUCUUAAAAUAAAAAUGUUUUAAAAUCUUUCAA